CAAGAGGUAUCUCCAGGUCCAGGAAUGUCCCUCUCAGUUGAAGGAAUAACAACGACGUCGUCCCGCUCAUCGAUAAGAGAACCGUUGAAGCUCGGCUCUUCGCCGCCAAAAGAUGUCGAUUAGGUCGGUAUCCACCCGCCCCCAAUUUACCGCCAAAAGCUCGCCGGCGAGCGAAAUUGGAGCAAGCCCAAGCUGCGCAGUCCUCAACUUCUCGAAUUUGCAGAGAGGCCCCUCAAGAAAUGGAAAUUUGAGCAGAAGGUUGUGCAGGGGUAGCGCCAAUGGAGGAUUCGGACAGAACCCUCACGGGGUCUGUGACGGAGACGGGGUCAUCAUCGUCGACCAUGGUUCGCGCCGCAAGGAAUCAAAUCUCAUGCUAAAUGAGUUCGUGAGCAUGUUUAGAGAGCGAACUGGGUACCCAGUUGUGGUGGCAGCUCAUAUGGAGUUGGCGGAACCAUCAAUUCGGGAUGCAUUCAGUUCAUGCGUUGAACAAGGGGCGAAUCGUGUUGUUGUGAGCCCGUUUUUCCUCUCACCUGGUAGGCAUUGGAAUACGGUAGCUCAACUGACAAUUAAUAUCGACGGGGAUAUUCCGUCCCUGACAGCUGAAGCUGCAAAGGAGCAUCCUGGUGUAUCUCAUAUCGUAACUGCGCCUCUUGGCCUCCAUCAUCUACUCGUGGAUGUUUUGAAUGAUAGGAUCAAUCACUGCAUAAGCCAUGUUGCUGGAGAUGCAGAGGAGUGCGCCGUUUGUGCUGGAACAAACAAAUGCCAGCUCCAUUGAUUUAUGCAGAGCUCACAGCAAAAUAUUAUGGCGCUCAUAAUCAUGGGACCAUUUCAGCUUUAAAACCAGGAGAUUGAUCCUCUAACGAAGCGAUUGUUGUGGUUAGGAUUUUAAGGGCGUGUGGCUUGCUUUGGAGGACCAGGAUUCACACGACGAUCCCCCAAUUCCCAAAUAUUUGGAACAGGGCUUUUCUACUUAUUGAUUGCUCGAUGGAUGGCAAGUCGAUAUUUUCAUGGCAGCGGAGGUAUGCUCUUGUGACGUAGAAGGAAAUGAGGGGAUAUCGCAGGUAUUAUCUUAGGACCUCAAGUACCAAUCCUGUAUCAUACAUUUUGCAGAUCAAUCUGCAUGUGUUGAAGGCUAAUCUUCGUAAAUAUUUUCAAUUGUAUAUGUAAAAUUUUUUAGUUGCAAUAAUAUGAAAGGUAAUUGCAAAAGCCA